ACAGUCAGUGAAACACGUGAGCCACUGGAGCAUUUCGCUGUGCCACGUUCAUUAUCAUAUGAUGAAUCGGCAACCUUCCGUAACUCUUCCUCCUCUUCCUCAACCGGUUUCGGUGGUACCAGUAACAGUAGUAGUGCCAAUGAAACUAAACAAAUUUACCGUGUCCUGUAUGACUUUACGGCAACGACCGAUGACGAGCUGGGUGUGCAUGCCGGCGACUGUGUCCUGGUGGAACGUCGAAUUGGCAACGACUGGUUGGUUGGGCAAAUUAUUUCCAAUAAACAGAUGGAAAAUGAUGCUGGCGGUGGUGCUGGUGCAACGGCAACUGGCCUGGAGAAAAAGAAAAUUGGACGAUUCCCGGCUUCUUAUGUUGCUUCCGCGCAUAGCAUUUGA